CGCACGUUCAUGGCCCGCUACGAGGGCGAGUCUGAGUUCAGCUCGUUGCCCCGGGUCCGCUUCUCUCAGAACCAGCUCUUCUUCCUCUACUUCGCCAAGAGCUGGUGCCACACCAGACGUCGUAUUUACGAGUCGUACUACAUCGAGGAUGCCAAUCAACCACCACCCGAACUCAGGGUAAACCACAUCCUAAUGGACUUCGAGAAAUUCGGCAAGACAUUCGACUGCCAGCUGGGUGAUAUUAUGACGCCCCACUUUAAGUGCAGCACGUGGUAGAAAAGAGGCAUAAGCGACAGACGGAGAAGGAAACACGUCGACACUGCUCUCAACAACGCAUGGAAAGAAGGCUACAUUCGUGAGAUAUUAUUAUAGGCUGUUCAAUGCCGACUGCUGGUUGUUUUUCUGACUAUGCACAUGGUACACAAAGCACGCAAGAGAAAAAUUGUGUCCCCCCUUUCACCCAAGAGGAAAUGAUGACGCUCAUUAGGGCCCAGGACCAGACCUCUCGAAUCCUGGCAGUCCAGAGGGCUCGCGAGAGGGCCGUCAGGUUCACCUGAUGGUCCCCGAAUGGGCCUAGCCAGGUGACGUUUAGUUUGCUCGCGUCUAUUGUGGGCCAAA